AAGAAAAAGCAACGAGAGAGAGAGAGAAAAAAAAAGAAAUAAAAGAAAUAAAUUAAAAGAAAAGAUUAGAAUGAGAAAGUGACGAGGGAGAGAGAGAGAGAGAGAGAGAAAAAAGUUUUAUUUUCUCCAUUACGCUUUCGAUCUUUGGGUGGGGAAAAUCAAUAGGGAAAACCAUGUACGAUAGGCGAACGAGCAUGGGUCAUAUAACGUAGGACAGAUAAAACGUUUGUUAUUAUUUUUGAAUCUAUUUCUAUGCCAAUAACAUAUGUGUGCCCUCGAAUUGCAAUACGUGAAGAACGAAGACGAUGUUACGAGAAGAAGAAGAAGAAUUAUUGUCGACGUCGACAGGGACUCGAAUGGCGAAAGAAGAAGUGAUUACGAGUGUUUCAAAACAUUUUGACUCAAGGAUGAGGAAAACAUGUUAGAGUUACGAAUAAUUGACUUUGCUUCUUGACAUCCGUUUGACAUAAUAAUAAAAAAAAAAAAAAAAGAAAAAAAGAAAAGAUAACUUUCGAUUCCCGUUAUACAUUGCAAUCUUUCUACGAAUAUGAUGUUUCGACAGUGGUUAUACGCUUUCCUAUCCCUUUGCAUCUGCAUUCUAUUGCAGUUAGAUUGUGUCGAAUCUACUCACAUUACCGGCACAUUCAACACGAAGGAGUUCUUCCGUUUUCUUAUUAAAUUUGGCUUCCAAAAGACAGAUCGUCACAGACAGAAGGAUACAUCUGGUUAUAUAUUUGGGAAUAUAACAAGUAAAAUGAACUUUUCUGUGCCGAUCACAUUGGCUGUACUUGAUCGGAGUCAUUUUUUAGAGUACUAUGGCAAUAGGACUGUAAUAGAUAAAAAUAUUGCUUGUACUCUAAUGUUUAAUACUCUGAAUCAAAGUUCUUAUGAUCCAAACUGUAACGAUGAAGGUCAAGAUUUUCUAAGACGAAUACCUUGCCCUAGAGGAAAAUUAUGCCAAGACGAAGACUCUAUAUGGAAUAUUGUAAAGGGGCAUCAAUUCACUUAUGUUAUACAGGACUUUUGGCAACCACGUUUCUGGUAUAUGAGUAUAGUAGCAUGUUAUAGAAAUGCAACAACAUGCCAGUGGGAAUAUUAUGACAAGCAUGACAUAUUAGAGUAUGAUAUAUGGCUAGUAAAUGGCAAUCCUAAUACUAGUGGCCUGAACAGCGUUACGUAUCAGUUCUCCUAUGACAGGCAAAAUACUAUAGAACUAUAUUUACUGUUCUUUGUGUGCUAUAUUAUAUUAGUUCCGCUGCAAUUAUAUGCAGCAAGAUUACAAAAACACCCUGUGACACGAUUAUUUACGGCUAGCUUAUUCUUAGAGUUUGUUGCAGUGUGUUUAAUUUUAAUACACGUGUUAAAAUUUUCUCUCGAUGGAGUUGGCUACGAACGAUUAGAAGUUGCCGGCGAUAUUUUUGAUAUUCUCUCACGGGCAUCAUUUAUGUUACUUCUACUUUUACUUGCCAAAGGAUGGGCUGUAACUCGAAUGGAAUUAACAUGGAAGCCCUUAGUUUUUGCUAUAUGGCUAUGUUAUGGUGUAGUACACAUUUUGUUGUAUGUUUGGAACAUGACUGAAGUUGACAUAGUAGAAGACAUUGACGAAUACCAAACCUGGCCAGGUUGGUUCAUUCUUUUAUUCCGAAGUGCUAUAAUGAUAUGGUUUUUAUAUGAACUUCGAAAUACUAUGACGUAUGAACAUAAUACUCAAAAAUUGAAUUUUCUUCUCCAUUUCGGUGCAUCUUCACUAGUUUGGUUUAUUUAUUUACCAAUAAUAGCUCUUAUAGCGCUUCAAGUAAGUGCUCUUUGGAGGUUCAAAUUGUUGUUAGGUAUAACAUAUUCUGCUGAUUGUUUUGCUUAUUGUGUAAUGGCACAUUUAUUAUGGCCAACGCGAAGUGAACAGUACUUUUUACUCGCCCAAGGUGGAGAUAAUGGUGAUGAACUUGAUGAAUUUAAUGAAGCACCUCAUGUACUAAAUAAUUAUGUGGAACCACCAGAACUCAGUAAAAUUAUCACUUAAUAUUAAAAUCUUAAUUCGGAUAAAAUAUUGAAGAGUAACAUUCAAAAUGUGAUGUAUAUUUGCCAAAUGGUAAAACCAUAGAAAAUUGAUAAUACUUUGAUCUGUGCUAUUUGAGACUGAAAUGUGCUGCACAUUCUGUAAUUAAUAUAUGUAUAUCAUUGAUUAGAUUGAAAUAUGCAAUAGAAGUCAAUAAUUAAUGCGAAAAAGAUAAAAUGAACGAACACAAUGUAAAAAUCAGUUUAUUAUGAUAAUUUUCUACUUAUAUGAUAAAAAUAAUGAUAAUUGAUUUAUUUUGUACUAAUUCAUAACACACACGGAUAUAUCACAGUGCAUAGUGUAUAAUAGAAUAAUAUAAAAAGUCACUUUCUUUUCAUUUUGAAGUAUUUGAAAUGUGUAGCAGAUUUUUAUGGUUGGCAAUUAUCUGAUAAUUUUUAUUUUUCUUUGGCUUCUAUAUUUCACCUAUUUAUCAUAUACCUAUUAUAUAAGAUAUACGUACAUAAAAAUAUAAAAUAAUUAUACCACUAUAUAGUAAAUUUUAUAAUUUUAUAGUAAUCUACAUAAUAGAAUUUUCACUCUCUUUGUUUUCUCUUUAUACCUUUCAGUAAUUUUAUUAUUCUACACUAUAAAAUAUAUUUUAGUGUGUGCUUGAAAAAGAAUGAUUAUACAUAGUUGUUUACACGAUUGUGUGGUUUUAUAAUUAUAAUAA